AUGAGGGUGGUCUCCGUGUAUGCCCCUCCACGCUCGAGAGAGUGGUCGAGGGCCCGCUUCGGGGGCUUCUUGGAGCAGGUGGGGCGCGUGCUGGACGAAUGCGCGCCCCACCCAGUGAUAGUCGCCGGGGACUUCAACUCCCACGCCAGGGAGUGGGGUUCCCGGCGGACGGACCCCCGAGGCCAAGACCUUCUCGAGUGGGCGGCGACUAGGGGCCUGUUCCUCAUUAAUACAGGCUCCGUGAGCACCUGUGUGCGUCCGCAGGGCGAGUCCAUUGUGGACCUGACCUUCGGCAAUCGCCCUGCGGUGCGCACAGUCAGGGGAUGGAGGGUGGCGACCGAAACGGACAUCAACUCCGAUCAUCUGCUGAUCGAGAUGUCCGUGGUCGCCACCUCGAAGGAGGUGCUCCGUCGUCGCCGGGAGGGGGCCGGAUCGAGGCCACCGCGCUGGGCACUCCGCCGCCUAGACGAAGACGCCCUCAAGGCAAUUGUCCUCGGACGUUUAAGGGCUUGGGCGCCCCCAGUCACGGAGGAUCUGGACCCUCUGGCGCUCGAUAAUGUGGUGGGGACCCUCUUUCCCACGGCGGGGCCGGAGCCCCUGCCGUAUGACGGCCCCCCGCCUGGAUGGGAAUCGCGCCUGGGGGUCACCGAGCCAGAGCUCGCAGCCGCUGCCAAAAGGCUCGGGGGCAAGUCCAAAGCCCCCGGGCCAGACGGAGUGCCGGGCAGGGGCGAGUCCAUUGUGGACCUGACCUUCGGCAAUCGCCCUGCGGUGCGCACAGUCAGGGGAUGGAGGGUGGCGACCGAAACGGACAUCAAAUCCGAUCAUCUGCUGAUCGAGAUGUCCGUGGUCGCCACCUCGAAGGAGGUGCUCCGUCGUCGCCGGGAGGGGGCCGGAUCGAGGCCACCGCGCUGGGCACUCCGCCGCCUAGACGAAGACGCCCUCAAGGCAAUUGUCCUCGGACGUUUAAGGGCUUGGGCGCCCCCAGUCACGGAGGAUCUGGACCCUCUGGCGCUCGAUAAUGUGGUGGGGACCCUCUUUCCCACGGCGGGGCCGGAGCCCCUGCCGUAUGACGGCCCCCCGCCUGGAUGGGAAUCGCGCCUGGGGGUCACCGAGCCAGAGCUCGCAGCCGCUGCCAAAAGGCUCGGGGGCAAGUCCAAAGCCCCCGGGCCAGACGGAGUGCCGGGCAGGGUGUGGGCCUUGGCCCUGAAGGAGUUGAGCCCCGCCUGA